AUGAAAGGAAUAUUAGAAAAUUUUUAUGCCAAAAUUGGUAUAACUUCUGAAUUACCAUGUGUGAUACUGUUUGGCAUGGCAUUUAUGUUUGUUUUCGCUGGUUUUGACACACAAGCGUACGUAACAGAAACAGCUCUGCAGUCUAUCUCAAAAAUUUAUCCCGACCGCAUGUCCACUCAUGCCGGAUAUUAUGGUAUGUGUAUAACUUACUUCUUCUUCACACUAAUGACGUUUUUCACGCCACUUGUAGUAAGUUACUUGACUGCUAAGUGGACAAUGUUUCUUGCAAGUGUGUUUUAUACUAUAUUCAUGCUGACAUUCAUGCUUGUAAACAGCUUAAUUUUCUACAUGGCAUCUGCUCUAAUGGGAAUCGCUGCGGCUUUAAUUUGGACUGGACAUGGUGUUUACAUGAAGGAAAUUACUGCAUCAGGUAAUGAAUCUAGAAAUAGUGGACUACACUGGAGUAUCAACUUUGGCAGCUUGAUUUUUGGUGGUAUUCUUUUACUGAUAAUAUUUCGCGAGGCAGGAGAAGUCGAAACUUUAUCAGUGGAAAUCAUUCGAUACAUUUUUGGUGGUUUGUCAGUGUUCACAAUUUUAUCAAAUAUUUUAUUUGCUUUACUGCCUAAUUAUUCAAAACGAUGUGUGGAAAAACGUGUCACUUAUUCUACAACUAUUGGCAAAAGUAUCCGCUUGUUUUGUGAUGCCAAAACAUAUUUACUAGCCGUAUCAUUUCUUUUCAUGGGAUUAUCAUUAUCAUUUUAUAUCACAAUUUAUCCGUCGUGUUUAUUUUUUUCAAAGUCAAUUAUUGGAAGUUGUUUUAUCAGUUAUAUGAGUAAUCGAGUUCUCAAUUUUGGAUAUCUACCCACAAUGUUGAUAGCUUUACCUUUGUAUUUCACAGCUUUUAUUGCUAUCUACUUGGCAUUUCCAUUUGAUGCAAAUCUGAAGCCAACCACUCAACCAACUUUAACACUUUGGCUCGUUAUUGGAAUGUUAAUAUGCAUGGGUGAUAGCUGCUGGAAUACGCUACGAACAGCUGUACUUACAAAAAUGUAUGGCCGUGAAAAUUCUCCACAAUCCAUCGCAACGUGCGCAUCGUUCUUCUAUUCAGCAGUGCUAAAUUUGCACAUACAAAUUCUGAUUCAAGCACUUGUUUUACUUGCUGGAUCCAUUUGCUUUGCUAUUGCUUGGAUGAUACAUUUACGAGAAAUAAAAAUUGUUGCAUCUACCAAAGAAAACAUUUCAAUUGCUAAUAAAAAUGCGCUUAAAUAUUGAGU